ACAUCCAUUUUCUCUUCACUCCCCUGACAGGUGUGUCAUCUUUGAGCAUCCAGUUUGCCAAACUUCCAAAGGGACUGAAACAUUUAAAUUUAUCUAAAACCUCCUUGUCACCUAAAGGAGUGAAUAGCCUUUCCCAGUCACUGAGUGCCAACUCGCUGAUCACGAACACGCUCGUCUAUCUUGACCUCUCAGGGAACGCGCUCCGUGGGGAUGAUCUCUCAAGCCUGUACAAUUUUUUGGCCCAGCCAAAUGCCCUUGUUCAUCUGGAUUUAUCCAACACGGAGUGUGCGCUAGAUAUGGUGUGUGGAGCCCUCCUUCGUGGAUGUCUUCAGCAUCUAGCUGUCCUUAGCCUCUCUAGGACCCUUUUUUCUCACAGAAAAGGAAAAGAAGUCCCUCCCUCCUUCAAACAGUUUUUCAGUAGCUCACUUGCUUUGAUGCAGAUUAAUCUUUCGGGAACUAAACUCCCUCCUGAGCCUCUAAAAGCGCUUUUAUUAGGCCUGGCUUGCAAUCACAAUCUGAAGGAGGUGUCUUUAGACCUCAGUAGCUGUGAGUUAAGAUCAGGAGGUGCACAAGUCUUGGAAGGAUGCAUAGCAGAAAUACACAAUAUCACCAGCCUAGAUAUUUCAGACAAUGGCCUAGAAUCUGACCUCUCAACCCUUGUAGUCUGGCUCAGUAAAAACCGCUCAAUAAGACACUUGGCGUUAGGCAAAAACUUUAACAACAUGAAAUCCAAAAAUCUCACUCCAGUACUUGAUAAUUUAGUUCAGAUGAUUCAAGACGAGGAUUCACCGCUGCAGUCAUUGUCCCUAGCAGAUUCCAAGCUGAAGACGGAGGUCACCAUCAUUAUUAAUGCCUUGGGCAGCAACACUUCUCUUACAAAAGUGGAUAUUAGUGGAAAUGCUAUGGGAGAUAUGGGAGCAAAGAUGCUGGCAAAAGCCCUACAGAUAAACACCAAGCUCAGAACUGUCAUAUGGGACAAGAAUAACAUCACUGCACAGGGCUUCCAGGACAUUGCUGUGGCACUGGAAAAGAAUUAUACUUUGAGAUUCAUGCCUAUACCGAUGAAUGAUGCUUCCCAAGCACUCAAAACAAACCCUGAGAAAACAGAAGAGGCACUGCAAAAGAUAGAAAACUACUUGCUUCGUAACCACGAGACCAGAAAGUACCUGCAGGAGCAAGCGUACCGGCUGCAGCAAGGCAUUGUCACUAGUACCACUCAGCAGAUGAUUGACAGAAUAUGUGUAAAAGUGCAGGACCAUCUCAACUCUUUAAGAAACUGUGGUGUGGAUGCUGUACAGGAAGAUGUCAGAUCUGCAGAACGGCUCAUGCGGGAUGCAAAGAACUCCAAAACACUCUUACCAAAUCUCUAUCACCUUGGCGGAGCUUCUUGGGCAGGAGCAAACGGUUCACUCUCCAAUCCAAUCCAAGAGACACUUGAAUCCAUGGCUGGAGAAGUCACAAGGGUUGUGGAUGAGCAGCUUAAGACACUCCUCGAGUCUAUGGUGGACGCAGCGGAAAACCUUUGCCCAAAUGUAAUGAAGAAAGCUCGCAUCCGCGAAGACCUGAUUGAGGCCAGCACUGAGAAGAUUUCCAUCCCACGCACUUUUGUGAAAAAUGUCCUCUUGGAGCAAUCUGGAAUUGAUAUCCUCAAUAAAAUUAGUGAAGUAAAGCUGACAGUGGCUUCUUUCCUGUCUGACCGAGUUGUAGAUGAAAUCCUGGAUGCACUUUCCCACUGCCAUCACAAGCUGGCUGACCAUUUGACCAGACGUGGCAAACCUCUUCCACAGCAAGAAUCACUGGAAAUCGAGUUAGCAGAAGAAAAACCAACUAAACGGUCUAUCAUCACGGUUGAGGAGUUGACAGAGAUAGAACGCUUGGAAGAUCUGGACACUUGUAUGAUGACUCCUAAAUCAAAAAGGAAAAGCAUCCACAGCAGAAUGCUCCGGCCGGUAUCCAGAGCUUUUGAAAUGGAAUUUGAUCUAGAUAAAGCACUGGAAGAAGUACCUAUCCAUAUAGAAGACCCACCAUUUCCUUCCAGCAGGCCGGACAAACGAACUUCUGGAUUCAUUUCAGAGCUGCCAUCAGAAGAAGGGAGAAAACUGGAACAUUUUACAAAACUAAGGCCCAAAAGGAAUAAAAAGCAGCAGCCCAGCCAAGCAGCAGUGUCUGCUGGAGUGCCUCCAGAAGGGGAUCAGAAUGGCCUCAUGGGGAGAGUGGAUGAAGGCGUGGAUGAAUUUUUCACUAAGAAAGUGACAAAAAUGGAUUCAAAGUAA